AUGCUAGGGCGAGGAGGAUGGAGGAGGAGAUGGAGCAUCUCUGGCCACCGCCAUUGCAGCACAGGCAACGCUGGCAACAAGGUGAGCACAUCGAUUCUCCUCUCGCGCCUCAAGGCGUGCACCAGCUCCGGCGACAUCAAGGCUGGGCGGAUCCUCCACGCCCGGGCCAAGAGCAGCGGCGACGAUGCCAACAUCCACGUCGCCACCGCGCUCGUCAAUCUCUACUGCAAAUCCGGCUGCCUGGCCGAGGCUCGAUCGGUCUUUGAGGCAAUGCCGGCCAAGAGCACCGUCGCCUCCACGGCGCUCAUGCUGGGAUACAUCGAGGGCGACCAAUCCGGCGUGGCAAUGGAGCUCUUCUCGCGGAUGAUCAUUGGCGGCUGCGAUCCAGACGCGAGAGCUUUCGUGGCGGCGCUGAAGGCCUGCGCUGGAUUCGCGAGCUCCUCCAAAGACAGCACGCUGGAGAGGGGAUUGGAGAUUCACAGGGAGGCUUCCAGGCGUGGCUACGCGGGGGAUAUCUUCGUCGCCAACACUGCUAUGGAUCUCUUCUCGCGCUGCGGUGGUAUGGUGGAAGCCAAGAGAGUUUUCGAUGGCAUCGCGUCUUUGUCCAGGAAUGUGGUCUCGUGGACGGUGCUUGUAGCUGGCUAUGCCGAGAAUGGAUGCGGCGAGGCUGGACUGGAAGUCUUCUCGAGGAUGAUGAGCGAUCCAGCAAGAAUUCGUCCGGACGCACUUACUUUCGUGGCUGCUGUGAAGUCCGUGACGAGCAUGGCAGUGGCACUCACGAAAAAAGCUUCCAGCUCCAAGAACUUCUCAUCGAAGGUGUUGGUUUUGGAGAAGGGGAUGGAAAUCCACUUGAUGGCUGCCAAGGCUGGAGUGGACUCACACUUGGUUCUUUCCAACUCGCUCGUGGAUAUGUAUUCCAAGUGUGGGGAUCUGGCUGGAGCUGUGCGCGUUUUCGAAAAGAUGGCCGAGCACAGCGUGGUUUCCUGGACUUCUCUGGUGCUGGGAUUCGUCGACAAUGGCGAAGACGAGCUCGCGCUGGAACUAUUCGACGCGAUGACGCGGGUGGAAGGCUGUGUCCCCGACGCUCCUUCGAUCGUUGCUGCUCUCAAAGCUUGCGCGAGUGCAGCGGCGAAAGAGGAAGGAAGAACUUUGCCGGGAGUGAAGGUGGUGGUGAAGCUCGAGGCUUUGGAGAGAUCAAUGGCGAUUCAUUCGCAGGCUGCUCGGUCGAGGAACCUGGAUCGAGAUGUCCGUGUUGGAAACAUGCUGGUGGAUCUGUAUGCCAAGUGUGGCAGCGUUUUGGAUUCCCGGAGAGUCUUCGACGUGGAGAUGAGGCACAGGGACGUGGUUUCGUGGAACUCUUUGAUGAUGGGAUACGCAGACUGUGGAGAGGGAGAGAUGGCACUGGAGCUCUUCUCGUGCUUGGACUCCCAGGGCUGCGAGCACGACGUCUUGAGCUUCGUGGCUGCUCUCAAGGCUUGCAGUAGCACCACAGCACUGGAAUCCGCCAAGAAGAUCCAUGCCAGAGUUCUCAGCUGCGAGGAAUCGAUCGAGCCGAGCGACCUGUCAGUGGUCAAGAACUGCCUGCUGGAUGUCUACGGAAAAUGCGGGAGCAUGGUCGACGCUCAGAUCGUUUUUGAUUCGCUGGAGACGAGAAGCUCGCUCAACUGGAGCUCGGUGGUGGCAGGAUAUGGCCGCAAGGGAGACGCUCGCUGGGUUUUCGAGAUGUUUGACAAGAUGGUCGAGGAAGGCUGGGUUCCAGACAGAGUUUCGUGCCUUUCAGUGCUUACAGCGUGCAGUCACGCCGGAUUGAUCGACAGGGGGAAGAAGUUUUUCCAGAGAAUGAGCUCGCAGUGGAGAGUAAGCUUGUCUCUAGAGCACUACCGCUGCGUGAUUGAUAUGCUGGGGCGAGCGAACGAGCUCGAGCAAGCGUUGGCUAUGGUGGAGAGGAUGGAGUUUAGAGCCGAUGCUUUGACGUGGAGAACAGUGUUGGGAGCUUGUUGGAAGUGGAAGAAUGCUGUGGUGGGAAGAAGAGUGUUUGAGGAGCUUGUGAAGCUGGAUAAAAGAGACUAUGCUGCUUAUGUUCUUAUGGGAAAUAUUUAUGGAAGCCUGGGAAUGAGGGAUGAGCAGCUGAAGCAAAUCUAUGGAGCUGCUACAAGUGAUCCUAGGAAAGGAUUCUUCUGCCGCUUUCCAGGCUUCGUUCGGCAUCUCGAUCCACUUCCAGAGCGCUGGAACGGAGAAGACUUAAACCUGCGAGGUACAUCAUGCCAUGUUUGCGAGGAGGGGAGCUCACGCGACGCGACGGUGGAGACCGUCGUGCCGUGUCGCGAGAAGCUCGGGGUUGCUCAGCCUGGUCGACACCAUCCUGGCGUUCAUGUGUCUUGA